AACACCAAAACAAAGCAACGUGCGUGAGCCGCUGUGCUGGGAUUUUCUGCAAAAUAGAGGAAAACCCCGUGAAAAUGGUGAAGAAAAAGAUUGAUAAUCGCAUUCGUGUGAUGAUAGAGAAUGGCGUGAAGCUGGGUCACCGGACAAUGUUUGUUAUAAUCGGAGAUAAGGCGAGAGAUCAGGUGCCUAUUCUCUAUGAUAUGCUGACAAAGUCCACAACAAGAGCCCGUCCAACUGUUCUCUGGUGCUACAAGACGAAGGAUGAGGCAAUUUCCAGUCACGGCAAGAAGCGAUCGAAGAAGAUUCAAUCCGGCAAAAUUGAUCUCAACGAGGCGGAUUUAUUUGAUGUCUUCAGGAUUUCCACAACAAUCCACGGUCGAUACUACUCAGAUACGCACACGAUCCUGGGAAGGACGUAUGGUGUGUGUGUCUUGCAGGACUUUGAGGCGCUGACGCCAAAUCUGCUGGCCAGAACCAUUGAGACUGUUGAAGGCGGAGGCUUGAUUAUCCUUCUGCUGAAGAAUAUGUCCUCCUUGAAGCAACUGUACACCAUGAGCAUGGAUGUGCACAAGAGAUAUCGGACGGAAGCGCAUCGGGAUGUUACUUGCCGAUUCAAUGAACGCCUCAUUCUGUCGCUCGCCGACUGCAGAAGGUGUCUUUUGAUGAAUGACGAUCUCACCGUCUUGCCAUUCAGCUCGAAGACUGCCGAUGUAGCGCCUGUGGAUGUGUCGUCAAUCUCCUUGUCUUCCAACGAUGAGGCACUGGCUGAGCUCAAGGAGAGUCUCAGCGACACUCCACCCGCCGGGCCGCUGGUGAAGCUCUGCAAGACGUACGAUCAGGCGAAGGCAGUGGCGCAAUUUAUCGAUGCACUGGCCGAGAAGCAGCUCAAACCGCCCACGUCAUUAACAGCGUCUCGAGGAAGGGGAAAAUCCGCCGCAAUGGGCUUGGCAAUAUCAGCAGCCAUCGCCUUUGGCUACGUGAAUGUUUACGUGACUUCGCCUCAUCCUGAGAACUUGAUCACACUUUUUGAGUUUGUCCUCAAGGGAUUUGAUGCGCUUGAGUAUCAAGAGCAUUUGGACUACACGAUCAUUCGCAGCACAAAUCCCGAGUUCAAGAAAGCCAUCAUUAGGAUUAAUAUCACACGCAACACCAGGCAAACUAUUCAGUAUGUUUCUCCGAUUGAUAGUCAUCUGGUGAGUGUGGCAGACCUGCUGGUGAUUGACGAGGCGGCGGCCAUUCCGCUACCCAUUGUGAAGAAGAUGCUGGGCCAGUAUUUGGUCUUCAUGGCGUCCACAAUCAAUGGGUACGAGGGCACGGGAAGAUCGCUGAGUCUGAAGCUGAUAUCGCAGCUGCAGAAGGACAGCAAUGCACCGCCGCCAAUCAAACUCGAGGAAUCCAUUCGAUACAGGCCAGGAGAUGAGGUUGAGAGUUGGCUGACUUCCCUACUAUGUCUGGACGCCACGGUUGUGCCGUCGCUGAACAGCGGAUGUCCAACGCCGGAAUCUUGUGAGCUCUACUACAUCGAUCGCGAUGCCUUGUUCUCCUACCACAAAGCUGCAGAGGCUUUUCUGCAGAGAAUCGUGUCGAUUUAUGUGUCGUCACACUACAAGAACAGCCCGAAUGAUAUUCAGAUGAUGAGCGACGCUCCUGCCCAUCACUUAUUCUGCCUGCUGGGGCCGAUUUCGAAGAAAGACGCCCUUCCGGAGGUUCUGGUGGUGGUGCAGGUGUGCCUAGAGGGAGAAAUCUCGGUGGCGACAGUGCAGGAUUCCAUGGCGAGAGGGAAGAAGGCCGCUGGAGAUCUAAUUCCGUGGAUUGUGUCUGAGCAGUACAACGAUGUGAACUUCCCGAAGCUGGCGGGCGCCAGAAUCGUACGCAUUGCCACGCACCCCAACUACCAGAGGAUGGGCUAUGGCAAGAGGGCACUGAAACUACUGAAGAACUACUAUGAGGGCAAGUUUGUGUCGCUGAGCGAGGAUCAGGAGGAGUACGACGAGGAGGAUAAUGGGAUUGAGAAAGUAGAUGAUGAGGGACUUCUGAAGGAAACCAUUGCGCCCAAGAAGAAAUUGCCUACGUUGCUCAAGAGGCUGUCCGAGCGGCGUCCCGAAACGCUGGACUACAUCGGCACAUCGUAUGGCUUGACACUGGAUUUGCUGCGCUUCUGGAAGAAGUUCCGCUUCGUGCCGGUGUACUUGAGUCAGAAGGAGAACGAUCUCACAGGAGAGCACUCCUGCAUCAUGAUAUCGCCUCUUGCAGUGGGCAAAACCAGCUCUGACACGUGGAUUUCUGCGUACUUCACUGACUUCAGGCGGCGAAUCCUCAAGCUCCUGGGCAAGAGCUUCAACUCAUUCACUUCCUCGCUAGCGCUCUCGCUGAUAGACAAUCCCAGCGCCUCCAAAUCCACCGAAGUGGAGAAACUCACGACGAGUACGAUUGAUCAAUUCUUCCUGCCGCACGAUAUUCAGCGUCUGGAGGCUUACUCGAGGAAUCAAGUGGAGUAUCGGCUGAUUCUGGAUCUCACGACGGAUUUGGGCAUGCUAUACUUCCAGAACCGUCUCGAUGGCAUGGAUGCCAUCCAGAAAGCCGUCCUUCUGGCGGUGGGACUGCAGAACAAGUCCAUGGACACCGUGGCUGAGGAGCUCAACAUGCCGACCAAUCAGAUUCUGGCCAAGUUCUACAACGCCAUGAAGAAGCUGACGAAGCAAAUUGUGGAUGUGAUGGAGGACAAGGUGGAGGAAGAAAUGACGGUGAAAGAGACUAAGGAUGACGGACAGUUUGAGCCGCUGAAGCAGUCUCUGGACGAGGAGCUGACCACGGCUGCCCAGGAGCUGCAGAAGAAACAGAAGCAAGAGCUGAGUCGGCUGAAGAAGGAGAAUCUGACGCAGUACGCCAUCAAAGGAACGGACGAGGAGUGGGGAAAGGCACUGUCGGCCAACAAAUCGUCAAUAGUUUCGGUCAAGAGAGCUUCUCUGUAAAUUCCAGUGGCGAAAAGAGACUUGGCGAGAGUGACACACUUCAGGAGGAGCUGCAAGAGCCGACCAAGAAGCGGAAGAAGAAGAACAAGA